ACGAUUUUGAGACUCUGUAAACAUGGCGAGUCUUGCAGAUGUCGGCUGGAAACUCCUGGAAUUCAAAGGCCGAUUAAAACGAGCAGAUUUGUGAUUUAUCUGAGAGAGACGAUUGGCCUUAAUCUUACCUUUUGAGAAUGGCUGGUUCAGUGGCUGCGAGUGUUCGGCCUCAUCAGGAUUUGCUCGGACUCGGUUCCAUCUAUGAACCUCUUAAGCUGUCCAGUUUUCAGCGUGAGGAUGAGCCCUUAUGGGAGAAGCUGGACCGCUACUACAAUGCUGUCAAGACGACCAUUCUGAACUACCAGAGUCCCACCACAGGCCUUUUCCCUGUCAAAACGUGCUCAACAUGCAAAGAGGCCAAGGUCCGGGACUCCCUGUACUGCGCUGCUGGUGCCUGGGCUCUCGCUAUAGCCUACCGACGCAUCGAUGACGACAUGGGCCGAACCCAUGAAUUGGAGCAUUCUGCCAUCAAGUGCAUGAGAGGAAUCCUCUACUGCUACAUGCGACAGGCUGAUAAGGUGGAGCAGUUUAAACAGGACCCCAGCCCCUCUAAGUGUCUGCACUCGGUGUUUAAUGUCGACACCGGUGACGAGGUUCACACCUACAGUGACUACCACCACCUGCAGAUCGAUGCUGUUUCCCUCUUUUUGCUGUACCUAGUGGAGAUGAUCUGCUCUGGCCUGCAGAUCAUUUACAACACUGAUGAGGUUUCAUUCAUCCAGAACCUGGUGUUCUGCGUGGAGAGGGCCUACAGGGUGCCUGACUACGGUAUCUGGGAGCGAGGCAGCAAGUACAACAAUGGCAGCACUGAGCUGCAUUGCAGCUCCGUGGGUCUGGCUAAAGCUGCUCUGGAGGCCAUCAAUGGGUUCAACCUCUUUGGAAACCAGGGCUGUUCGUGGUCUGUGAUAUUUGUGGAUCUGGAUGCCCACAACAGGAACAGACAAACCCUCUGCUCCCUGCUGCCUCGAGAGUCUCGCUCCCAUAACACAGACGCAGCUUUACUUCCGACCAUCAGCUAUCCGGCCUUUGCGGUGGAUGAUGACGCUCUGUAUAGUCAGACCCUGGACAAGAUCAUCCGCAAGCUGCGCGGGAAGUACGGCUUCAAACGCUUCCUUCGCGAUGGCUAUCGCACCGCCAACGAAGACAAGAAUCGCCGCUACUACAAACCUGCUGAAAUGAAGCUUUUUGAUGGAAUCGAGUGCGAGUUUCCCAUAUUUUUCAUCUACAUGAUGAUUGACGGUGUGUUCAGAGGAAAUAAAGCUCAGGUCAAAGAAUACCAGGAUCUCCUUGAGCCCAUCAUCUUCCAGUCAUAUGAGGGUUAUGCUAUCAUCCCUAAAUACUACUACGUACCCGCUGAUUUUGUGGAGGGAGAGCAGAACAAACAUGGAAGCCAGAAGCGUUUCCCCAGCAACUCCGGCCGUGAUGGGAAGCUCUUCCUGUGGGGUCAGGCCUUGUACAACAUCGCCAAACUGCUGGUGGAUGAGCUGAUCAGCCCAAAAGAUAUUGAUCCCGUCCACCGCUACGUGCCCCGCCAGCACCAGCGCAACGUCAGCAUGCGGUACUCUAAUCAGGGUCCCAUCGAGAAUGAUGUUGUGAUUCACGUGGCCCUCAUCGCUGAGAGUCAGAGAUUGCAGGUUUUUCUGAACACCUACGGCAUUCAGACCCAGACUCCCCAGCAGGUGGAGCCAAUCCAGAUCUGGCCUCAGAGGGAACUGGUCAAGGCGUACCGUUUCCUCGGCGCCAAUAAAAAGCUGGAGUUGAGUGGGCGACCAGAUAGGCCAGUGGGCUGCAUUGGGACCUGCAAGAUUUAUCGCAUCCUUGGAAAAACAGUGGUGUGCUACCCAAUAGUGUUUGAUCUAAGUGACUUUUACUUGUCCCAAGAUGUUCUGCUGCUGAUUGAUGACAUCAUGAAUGCCCUGCAGUUCAUCAAACAGUGCUGGAAAAUGCAGGGACGUCCUCUCUUCCUGGUUCUCAUCCGCGAGGAUAACAUCAAGGGGAGCCGCUUCAACCCAAUCUUGGACAUGCUGGCGUCUUUCAAGAAAGGCAACAUCGGUGGGGUGAAAGUCCACGUCGACAGACUUCAGACGCUGAUAGCUGGAGCAGUCGUGGAGCAGUUGGACUUCCUGCGCGUUAAUGAGGCAGAGAUCUCAGAGUUUAAGAGCUUUGAAGAGCUGGAGCUGCCUAAACACUCCAAGGUGAAGAGGCAAACAAGUACGCCCAAUGCCUCUGACCUGGAGCAGCAGCCAGAGAUCAGCGUGGAGGAGUGGCUGCACAAGCCCACCAAUGAGAUCAUGCAGAAGUUCAAGGACUGUAACUGUUUGGCCAGUCAGGCUCAGCUCGCAAGCAUCCUUCUCAGGAGAGAGGGGCCUGAUUUCAUUUCUAAAGAUGAGAACCUGACGGAUGAACUGGAGAGAAUCUACAGAAGAGCUGGCAGCAGAAAACUUUGGUCUGUUGUCCGUCUUGCUGCCAGUCUGUUAACUAAGCUAGUGGACAGCCUUGCCCCCAGUAUUACUAGUGUUUUAGUGCAUGGCAAGCAGGUGACCCUUGGCAUAUUUGGCCAUGAGGAGGAGGUGAUCUCCAACCCUCUGUCACCCGGGGUGAUUCAAGGCAUCAUCUACAGCAGGUGCUCCCCUCACGGCGGAGAGCGGGAGGCUGUCCUUCAGCAGGAGCUGGUCAUUCAUAUUGGAUGGAUUAUCUCCAACACCCCAGAGCUGUUCAGCGGCAUGCUCAAGAUCAGAGUUGGAUGGAUUGUCCAGGCAAUGAAACAUGAGCUAAAGAUCCGGGCAGGAGACAUGCCACCCCAGGACAUCUACCAACUCUCCCCCAGUGACAUCAAACAGCUCCUGCUAGACGUUCUGCAGCCGCAGCACAACAGCAGGUCUUGGCUGAACAGGCGUCAGAUCGAUGGCUCUCUAAACAGGACCCCUCUGGGCUUUUAUGAUCGUGUGUGGCAGAUGCUGGAGAGGACUCCCAACGGUAUUCUGGUGGCUGGGACUUACCUCCCGCAGCAACCCACGCUGUCUGACAUGACCAUGUAUGAGAUGAACUUCUCCCUGCUGGUGGAGGAAACGCUGAAGAAGAUUGUCCUGCCUGAGUACAGGCAAAUCAUUGUCGAGUUGCUGAUGGUGGUGUCCUUGGUGCUCGAGAGAAACCCGGAGCUGGAGUUCAGCGACAAAGUGGAUCUGGACGCUUUAGUGAAGGAUGCAUUCAUUGAUUUCCAGAGGGAUCACAGCACUGUGAAAGAGGACCAGUUGUCUGUGUCCCAGGUUAAGAUCGAGGCUUUCUACAACACGCCUCCAGUGGGAAAGAAAGGCACCUCCAGCUAUCUGACCAAGGCUGUCAUGAUCCUGCUACUGCAAGGGGACGUCAAACUCUGCAAGGAUGACCCGUGCUCUGUUAGUUAGACUGAACCGUGAUCCCACUCCCAGUGCUGUGUGGUCAUCAAAACAGUCCACUAAUGGACUACAGAGUAUCCAUCACAUGUAUUCAUAAAUAACCUACUCCUGGUAGCUUAGAUUUAAACUCGCGUCUGCUUCCGCGGCAGCAGAAGCCGUAAGCAGAGGUUUCAGCUGUAGUAGGUUAGUGUGAAGCAAAAUACACCCCUAAAUCCUGCUUCAGUUAUUGCAUCACCAUAGUUUUAUUUAAUUGCUGCACAAUGUCUUGGUUUUUUUUUGUUAGAAGUCUGCAUUCCGACCACAUAGCACAUUAAAAUGAAGCUUUUAUUAGUGUACUGCUGAUUUUUAUUUCUAUCUGGAUAUCACAGAGUGGCAUGUUUAAGUUACACUGCACAUCUACUGGUUAUCUCAGCAGAACUUUUACUUUUCGUACGUGCUUCAGUCUUCCAACUGUGUUGUGCUUUCAAAUGUAACAGUUAUGGAAAAUUUGGCUUGAAAACGUGGACACAGCCUGGAUUAUAGUCGAAAGAUUAAAAAAAAAAAGGGACGUAAAGCUAAAGGAAACUGGCUGUGGCUGUAGCAGCAUACUGACUGAUAUCUAAAUCUUAACAAAGUAAGGAAAAACAAAUCUUGUGACUUGAAUUUCAACUGUUCAAUGUAUUGUGGCCGUUAGUAAUUAAGAAAUAAUGUCACUGUUAACUCGGAUAAAUGAACCAGGCUCACAGGUAACUGUUCAGACUGUGACAGACAGAGUGACUGUAUUCAGUAACGUUAUUUCAUAUAUGGUCAUUUUAAACAAGUAACAAUAAAUGUAUGGAUCCAUUUUCAGAACAUCUGAGAAGCACUGCUCAAAUUGCAAAAUCUGGAUUAUUUUUUAUUCAGUUAUAGUAUAUAUUAUACAUAGAAAUGACAGACCUGUUUUUGUGAGGUGAGUUUUUUCUUAGAGGAAAAGCUGUAUCUUCUAACGUCUGCUGCAUGACAAUAGCUGCUGUUUGCCAUAACCACCGUGAUUGUUUCUCUGUUAUAGGUUUCUGAGAGGCUUGUUUUCCACAACAGGUCUCUGCAUGACAAUGACUACUGUGUGUCUGAAUUCUUGAGACAGAAAAUCAUUUUGUUUUUUUUUAAAUGUCAGCAACAGAAAAUACUACUGUCAAUCUUAAGUAGAAAGUUGCACCUUUUUUUUAAAGUGUGCCUUUCUGAUUAUCAUCACUGUGAUAAUUCUCCCCAUCCGUGUUUACUGUGAGUGUGUUUGUCUUUUUUUCGCUGUUUAAUGGCUAUUAUUUAAAAUAAUUCUAUUUUAACUCAAACAUAUUAGAAUAAAGUCAUUUUGAAAACCA